AUGGUAACCGAUCGCAAACAAGAUGUGAUACAUCAAGAGGAAAUAAUUACAAGCAAUAUAAAAGGAGCAUGCACAAAAUGGCAAAACAUUGGAAUUAUUCAGCACACUAGAAAACAAUUGUCUGUCACAGGAGAAAAGAAUUUUACUAUACUUUAUAUUAAGAAAGGUUACCCUCGACUUGAACCUGCUCAACAAGCAGAACUCAUACCAAACUUAUUAAACUGUAUUGAAGGUCGACCACAACCCCAGCAAGAUAGUUUAUUCCAGUUGUUGGUGCCAGCUUUACAACAUGUGAAAAUUCCAAGUGAUCCUUCCAAACUUGAACAGAUGUAUCAAUUCUCAGAGAGACCGAAUAUUAGCCGAUUGUUUUUGGACUACGUAAUGGAUGUGUUGCUGUUACCUUACAAUGCUCAUGCAACAGUGACCUCUGGGGAUAAUUCUACUCCUGCUAUACCACCUCCAGGAAUGAGUGAACAAUCAUUGAAAAGAGUUACAGGUGACAAUCCUCUAAAGCCAGAAGAGUUAGAAAAAUGCAAACUGGGUAUUUUGAAUUUCCUAGGUUCCGGUAUCUUUCCUGAUGAGAAAGUUGUAUGCCAUUACAUCAUUGGUGCUGCUGACACAAGACAUAGCAUAGCAACAGCUGGAGAUAUGGAACUGAAAAAAGUUAUGGGGAGUAUUAACUGGAAUUCCUUGGUCAUUAUGAAUAAACUGUUUUCUAUAUUUCUUGGAACUACAGUUAUUAAAGGAAAAGAAAGCCAAGUAAAACCAGAAUGUAGGAAGACUCCAGCCAGUACCCGGAUACGGCUGAAGAUAUUCCCGUACUUUCUCAAGUCAAGAGAAGCCACAAAUGUCUUCCCAGCUUGUAUACAGGUGAUUUUCCACUGCCUGUUUGCAUCCAACAAUCAUGCCCGCCUAAGUUUGAUGACUGUAGAACUCGUUCACCAUGUGUGCUACAAUGCAUCAGAUGUUGUUUUCAAACCAAUAAGUGCAGAAUUGUUAUCUAGUAUGGUAAAAGUUCUAAAAAGUUCGAAGGAUGAUAAACUGCGUGCUCUUACCUAUGUUGCUAUAGGGAAAAUUAUAAAGAGGUGCCCAAACCUUGUUGCCAAUGAUAUAGCUUUGAUAAAGCAGUUUUUUGAAGCUGUUUGCACAGAAGAAUCUGAAAUUCGUCUUGCUGUCCAAGAAUCUUUGAGUUUGAUGGCAUCAGCAUUUAAAGGCCAAAAUGAAGAGAACAAGAAAUUAAUGGAAGAACUCAUUAUGGAAAACAUUGAAGAGGAAAUGUUCCAAGCUCGAGCAGUUUCAGUACAGUAUGCCAAAUCUGUGUUUCCUGAGGACCACAUACCAUCAAGAUAUGUUCUCUUGCUUGCAACUGGAGAUGUAAAAGAAGACAUUCGAAAUGAAGCCAUGAAGACGUUGCAUUUGACAAAACAGUACAGUAAGAAAGAGACCAAAGAACAAUUUGUUCUCCCAAGCUUCUGUGAAAUGGUCAAAUAUAUUCAUGAUAAGGCUCAAAAGAAAAUUGAAUCAAAGGUUGGUUAUGUCAUUGGCAAUCAAACCUUACCUUUCUCACCUGAAGCAUUUACACAGAUCAUUUUGUUUUUGAGGAUGUGUUUGGCUAACAACGCAGGUGCUGUAGAAAACGUAGAUAGUGAAGAAUCAGCCAGUAACAUUCAACAGCAGCAGGCACCAUUAAUUAGUUGUUAUGUGAUCAAGCUACUUGAUGAAGGAGCCAGUCUUCCAAAUAAGCUAGAUGGUCCUGUGUACAUGUAUAUCAACCUUAUACAGCAAUUGCUACCCUCUAUUAGAGAUGGACGUCUCAUGUACUGUUUACUAGAAGUGGUAGCAGGAGCACCAACAUACCUUGCUUCUUUGUUCUCUAAUCAACUCGACUGGAUAAAGCGUCUGUCUUGUUCAACCAAAGAUGACAUGACUGAACAUGCUGCACAAUUGUAUUCAAUUGUGUUACACAAUACUGCAGAUAAUAAUUCCAUUGUAAAGAAUAUAUCUGAAUUCUAUGAAAACCUUGAUACUAAUAAUGUGCAGCUGCAGCAUUCAUCUAUUUUGAUUUUGGGGUACAUCAUCAGUUGCUACCUGAGUCAUAACAGCAGGCCAGGUGCAAUGGAGGAAGAUGGACAGAAGGAAAUGUAUGCUGCUAUGACAAAGACUCUUAAAAAACUAGUGUUGAGUCUUGUCCAGUCGACAAGAGAUAAGGGCACUAUGAAGAAUAAAGAACGUGCUGCCAUAAGUCUUGGGCAUUUAUGCAUUGGAGAUGAAGAGUUCCCUUACAGACACAUGGUCAUUGAAGGGCUGAUGGGAGUAGUCCAGGCAAAACAAAUUGAUCUCCAUUUAACUAUUGGAGAAGCAUUGGUGUGUGCUGCUCAGGGAAUAAAGUGUCCAAGUCGUAAAAAUACCUGGUUGGCAACAAACUCUGAUUUCCAGGCAUCAGUAGCUGAUAAGAAGGAUGAUGUAGAAUGGUACUUGUUGAAGAUCCUUAAUGAAUACAUCGUUAAAAAUAACCCAUUUAUACGGCAGGCUGCCUGCAUGUGGCUUUUGUCUCUGGUAAAACAUUGUGGAUCCCAUCCUGCUUUACAAAAACGUCUACCAAACAUUCAGGCUGCUUUCAUGGCAAUGCUGUCAGAAAAUGAUGAAAUCAUCCAAGAUAUCACCUCCAAAGGCUUGUCACUUGUAUAUGAGAACUGUUCUUCAGAGCAAAAAGAUGCCCUGGUUUCAGAACUCGUUGACACACUUCUGACAGGGAAACGCUCGAAGACAGUUGUUACAGGUGAUACUGAAGUAUUCUCUGCAAGUUGUUUAGGAAAAACUCCUGAAGGUGGCUCCAUAUCCACAUACAAAGAACUCUGUUCCAUUGCAACUGAUUUGAACCAACCAGAUCUCAUUUAUAAAUUCAUGCACUUGGCAAAUCACCAGGCUACAUGGAACUCUAAAAAGGGUGCAGCGUUCGGUUUUAGUACCAUAGCACAAUAUGCUGGAGAGCAAUUGGCCCCUUAUCUUCCACAGAUUGUACCUAAGCUAUAUCGCUAUCAAUUUGAUCCUAACCCCAAGAUACAGAGAGCAAUGAGCAGCAUUUGGGAUGCAUUAGUCCCAGAUAAGGGCAAAACACUUGACCUCUACCUGAAUGCAAUUGUCGAUGAUCUGCUGAAGAAUCUUACAGCUUCUGAAUGGCGUGUUCGUGAAUCAUGCUGUUAUGCAGUAAGUAACUUAUUACAAGGUCGUCAAUUGAAUAGCAUUAUUGAGAAGUUGCCACUUCUCUGGGAAGUCUGCCUUCAAGUACGAGAUGAUAUUAAGGAAUCUGUACGUACUGCUGCCCACCAAGCUUGUAAAACACUGAGCAGGGAAUCAAUAAAGAAUUGUGACUUGAAUAACAGCAAAAUAGGAGAACAGGCUAUUAGUUUAGUGCUUCCUUGCCUACUAAAGAACUGUCUUCAGAGUCGUGUUGAAGAAGUACAGACUAUUGGACUGAGAACUAUCUUGAAAAUCAGUAAAAAUGCUGGCAAGCUUAUAAAACCUCACAUUCCUGUGUUGACAAUUGCUCUACUUGAAGCCGUCAGUGGAUUAGAACCCCAGGUGAUGAAUUAUCUGGCUGUUAAAGCUGAGGCUGGCAAUCAAGGGACACAGGAAAAAUUGGAUAUGGCUCGCAUUGCUGCUUCUAAGAUGUCUCCCAUGAUGGAAACUGUUAAUUCAUGUGUCCAGUAUGUUGAUGCUUCUGUGCUGCCAGAACUGAUACCACGUCUCAUAGAAUUAAUCAAAAGUGGAAUCGGUGUUGGAACUAAGGCAGGGUGUGCUAGCUUCAUCACUUCCCUGGCUACUCACUGUCCCCAUGAUUUAACACCUUAUGCAGGUAAACUCAUGAAUUCAAUGUUGACUGGACUCUCUGAUCGUAAUGUCGCCGUAAGAAAAACUUAUGCUUCAGCUGUUGGUUAUUUAGUUAAAGUUGCUAAAGACAGCAGUACUGAAAAGUUAAUGUUGAAAUUGAAAACCUGGUACAUGGAAAAGGAUGAAUCUGCCCAAACAGCUUGUGGGGCCACCCUGUAUGCUAUCAGUCAACGUAGCCCAGAUAUUCUUAAAAGACAUGCUGCUUUGGUGAUGCCGUUUGUAUUCUUUGCUAUGCAUGAACCAAAAAACACAACCAAAGAUUCUGAUUCUAGUUUAUCCAUAUGGGAUGAAAUCUGGUUUGAAAUAGCUCCUGGCACAGAACCAGGGAUUCGAUUAUAUCUUCAAGAAAUCACUGAGAUUCUUUGUUCAAGUUUAGAAUCUCAACAGUGGAACACCAAAGGCCAGGCUGCUAGAGCUAUUGGCACUGUAGCUACCAAAUUGGGACCUAAAUUGACUUCUCCAAGCGGCGAUAUUCUACUCAAGGCUCUUUUAACUGGAUUAUCUGGAAGAACAUGGAAAGGAAAGAAAAAUUUACUCGAAGCUGUAGGCAAGAUAUGCUGUAACUGCAAACCUUUAUUAGAAGACAGAACAGAAGCAAGUGAAGAUAAACCAGAUAUCAACCAGGUGCUUGAUGUUAUCUUAAGGGAAUGCAAGAAAGAGAACAAAGAAUAUCGAAUAAAAGGUCUACAUACUGCAGGUUCAAUCCUUGAACUCUAUAAAGUGGACAGGUUCGAGGUCCUCUGGCUUCUACUACAACCCUCUCUUAAUACAUCAGAAAGUGAUUCCAAUGAAGAUGAAGAUAACUCAGUUACCAGCCUGGGAAUCAAACUGGAAUACCAACAAGCAGUAUUUGAAUGUUUGGGGAAAGUUUGGCCAGAAAAUGCUCAGACACAAACCACCUAUCAAGAGUUGUUUUGUGAGCAGCUGUGUCAGUCGUUGAUGAGAGGUGUGUGGAAGAUACAGAUUUCAGUAAUGAAGUCCAUACAGAAAUAUCUGAACAGGCUAUUAAUCUGGCAAGACCAGAAUGCAGUGAGCAAUAAUGUUGCAAUGGCUAGUAAGAUUAUCAACCAAAUACUCUCGUCUGUGAUACCAUGUUUAGGUAAUAUGAAAUAUUCUGUGAUAAGAUCAGAAGCAAUGGUUGUGAUAACACAAGUUGUCCGCAAAUUACAUGACUUGGAUAACAGAGCAUUGUUGACAGAGAAAUUAUCUGAAGAGUUGAUCAACAGCCUGACACCAUUCAUGGAGAAUGAGAAGAGUGACAUGCACCAGAAAGCAGUCGAUGUAGCAUCAUUGCUAAAAUCUAGCAUGGAGAUCUCCUGAUCGCUUUAGGUAGCUACAUAUACACAGCUAGCUGUCUUUUAUACACAGACAAUACCAUCAUAUAAACCUGUGGAACAUUAUUUUACAUUUUAUACUGCAUAUAUAUGUAAUAUUUAUAUGUUCCAAUUUUUCAUCAUUUACUUAGAUGAGUUAAUGGAUCAUAGAAAUCAUAUUCCUUGAUUCUUAUUUUUAUCGUUAAGCCCAUAUCAUUAACGGUCUUAUUGUACAGAACUUCUUACCUUGUUUAGAUAUUCAAUUAAGAUUUUUUUUUUCAAGUAAGAGAAUAAUUAUCAUAAGAUAACUAUUUAUAAUAUUUCAUAUCUACUAGAUGAGUCUCUUAUUCUUCUAUAGCUGUUAGAAUAUUAACCGAUGUGGAGAAUGUAUAUAUAUAUAUAUAUGUAUAUACACACGUAUGUAUGUGUGUGUGUAUGUAUAUGUUUAUAUAUAAUUUAUAUUAUUUGAUUGAAGGCCAGGCAUCUAUUUCCAAGUAAGUUUAUAUAUACAUAUAUACACACACACAUAUAUAUACAUACGUAUAUAUAUAUAUACACAUAUGUAUACGUAUAUAAAUAUAUAUACGUAUACACAUAUACGUAUACAUAUGUGUAUAUAUAUACGUAUAUAUGUAUGUACAUACAAUUAUUUAUGUGCGUAUAUAUAUAUAUAUACAUAUAUAUAUGUGUGUGUAUAUAUAUACAUAUGUAUACAUAUUCUAGUAGUGGCCUCAAAAUAGAAUUUAGGUUAAGUUCUUAUGACAUAAAAAUUGAGAAAAAUUAAAUUUGUGUACAAAUUACUAUUAUAUUCCUUAUUUAAUUGGAUGCUAAAAUACCUCAGCUGAGAUUGUCAUUUAAAAUAAAAAAUGUCUACAUUUUCAACUUCUGGACUUAAUGAAAUAAAUCUUUUUUAAGCCACUAUUUUUGAUAAUGCUAUUAUUGGUGUUUAGUUCUAACCUUGUGUAGACCUUUGAUGAAUGGCAUCCCAGCCUUGCCAUCCAUCCUUUUUAUUUUGUUAGGUGCAGGUAUGACUGAGUGGUUAAGAAGCUUGAAUAGAAUACCACAAAAAGAAAA